AUGCCUAAGAACAAGGGAAAGGGAGGUAAGAACAGGAGAAGGGGUAAGAACGAGAACGACAAUGAGAAGCGCGAGUUGGUGUUUAAAGAGGAAGGGCAAGAAUACGCCCAAGUCCUCAAAAUGCUCGGCAACGGCCGCCUGGAAGCCCUCUGCUUCGACGGCUCCAAACGCCUCGGCCACAUCCGGGGCAAGCUGCGCAAGAAGGUGUGGAUCAAUCAGGGCGACAUCAUCCUCUUGUCCCUGCGCGACUACCAGGAUGAAAAGGGGGAUGUGAUUUUGAAGUAUUCGGCCGAUGAGGCGAGGAGUCUGAAGGCGUAUGGCGAGUUGCCUGAAAGUGCGAAGAUUAAUGAGACGGAUACGUAUGGUGGGGAGGAGGAGGGCGGGAUUGGGUUUGAUUUUGGCGAGGAUGAGAGUGGGAGUGAGAGUGGGGGGGAGGUGGAUGUUGAUGAUAUCUGA